AAAAUCGAAAUCGCUGAUCUCACCGUCCAAUACGAUGGGGCGGAAGCCCUCAAAGGAAUUUCUUUCGACGUAUAUGAGAACGAAAUACUUGGUAUCAUCGGGCCCGCGCAAUCAGGUAAAACAACGCUGCUGAGAACUAUCAACCGUACGAUCGAAUUUGAGCCAAGUGCACGGGUUAGCGGUUCGGUAAAAAUCGACGGCACGGAUGUGAAAAGCAUCAAAAAUGUCAACCAACUGCGCCGACGAAUUGGGAUGGUAUUUCCGCUGCCGGUCGAUGUCUCACUGCCGGAGCUGCGAAAAAACGUCGGCAUGGUAUUUCAGCGUCCAAAUCCCUUACCAAUCUCCAUUUACGAAAAUAUCAUUUUCGGUCUGCGUGUCCACUCUGAACGUCGUAUGCGGAAGAAGUCGGAAACUGACGAUAUCGUUGAAGCGGCACUAAGGGAGGUCUUUCUGUGGGACGAUUUGAAGGAUCAACUAAAGGUGAGGGCAACCACCCUGCAGCUUGAACAGCAGCAAAAGUUGUGCAUAGCCCGACUGCUGCCGCUGAAACCGCGGGUGAUUUUGAUGGACGAACCGUGUUCUGCUCUUGACGCCAAAGGGACACGGGCAGUUGAAGAGUUGAUGUUGGAACUUGCGGGACACUACACCAUUCUAAUUGUCACACACAAUAUGGCACAGGCGCGUCGUAUAAGCGAUGAAUGUAUUUUCAUGCUGCUCGGUGAAAUUGUCGAGCACAGCCGUACCGAAGAUCUGUUUCUAAUGCCUCAGAACGAAAAAACGGAGGACUAUAUCGAAGGACGAUACGGAUAA